AUGAGCACGAUGAAUGUAAAUUCACCCGAUUCGAAGAAAGGCAAUUCGGAAACGAAGAAUUCGAAGAAGCGAAGCAUCGAAAAAAUAAUCUCCCCAACGAAGAUUGCCAAAACGGAUGUUGAUGCGUCCGACGUUAAUGAGGCCGAUGAUAUAGGUAAAUCACAAGUCGAGUUAGGUGAACAUGAAAGUUCUAAUCAAGUAGAGGAAGAACCAAGUGAGUGCAUCUCACAUGAGUUAUACGGUGAGGAAAAUGUAGUGAUGGCACAGGGGGAAGCAGAGAAGGACGUUCAAGUAGAUGACAAAGUUGGAGCGGAAGCUGCUUGCACGGUGGCUUCCCAAAAGUGUAGCGUCAAAAAGAAAGAGAAAAAAAAAAGUGGAAGAAAUAACUUCGCUGAGGAGACCAAAAAAACGAUUCAAAAGGAGAGGAAGAAAGUAGAAAAGGGGGAUAAGAAAAAAAAGAGGAAGAAUAUAGAGAAGGGCAAAAAUGACGAACUAAGGAAGUUUGUCAUGAAGCUGGCAGAUAUCGUGGAGGGGCAGGAAAAAGAAGACGCAGCAGAAGAAGAGGAGGAGGAAGACGACGAAGAUGAAGGCGGAGAAAAUGAUGAAGAAGAAGGGGAGGAAGAAGAGGAGGACGAGGAUGAUGAUGAGGAGGAAGAAGACGAUGAUGAUGAGAACGAUGAUGAUGAUGAAGAGGAUGGGGACGAUGACGAUGGUGAUGAGGGGGAAGAAGAGGCGGAAGAAAAACUGCUAGACGAUGUGUCAGACGAAGCGUCAGACGAAGCUUCCGAUGAGGACGCGAGCGGACCACAAGAGGAGGAAACAGAUGAAGAGGGAAAAGAUAAGCAGGAGGAGGAGUCCAAAGCGGAAAGCAUUGAAGGGGCCAAAGAGGGAGACGAUGGAGAUGACGCAGAUGAUGGUGAUGAUGCUGACGAAGAUGGUAGUGACGCAGAUGGUGGUGAUGACGAUGAAGAAGAAGUGGAAGGGAACGAAUUGGGCACAAACGAAAAAGAGAACGAAAAGGACAACGAAGAAGACGAAAAGGAAGAGGAGGACCAAAAGAGCAAGGAGAAGAUUGAUGAGGAGGAUGCAACUCCUCGGAAGGGCAGUGAUGAUGAAGAGAAAGGGAGCGCGGAUGAAGAAAAUGCCACAGAUGAAGAGGACCUAGCGGAGAAAGAGACGAACAAAAGUAGCGUGAACAAAAAUCAAAAGAGCGACAACGAAAGUGCGUCCAGCGCAUACAGCGAUAUUAAGAAGAACGACCGUUUGUUUGCAUCCAUGAAUGAUUACAAUUCGCCCAACAAGCUCUUCAGCGAGCACGUGGGGAAGCUGAACAUUUUUGGAAACGUGAAUAUCGACAUUGAGAAGUUGAGGCAGCGACUGAACAAAAACAAAAGUGUCAUGGAGGAGAAGAAAGAAGUGAAAAUCUCAGAGGCAGAGGACCCCUUCGAGAAUGAAGAAAUAGUUUACUCCGAAAGCAACAUUAAGAUAAGCAAGUUUAUAAAAAAAAAUGAAAAAUAUGACUGGUCAGGAUAUUUACCCGUGAAAAUUCAGAUAAUGAAAAAUGUGGAGAAUAAAAAGUUUCGAAUUCUUUGUUUUCAAAAAGGGAGUGGGAGACUCUUUUUAAAUACAGACAUUUUCGAGGGCUUCAAAAUAAUUCCCUCCAAAAGUACCUCUGCUUUGUUUAGUGGGCGAGACAUAUGCGAUGAGAAGAAGCUGAACCAGUACAUUGUGACCUUCAUGAGCACCACCUCUAGAGAUGAAUUCGUCAAGCAUAUAAAAAAAAUCACGGCUGGGUGA